AUGUUGAACGUGGCAGCUGUGUUUACAAGCGUGAAGCCUCUCCGAUGAACGCAAAACCAGCUGCUUUCUUCAUAGCCAACUGUUUAAACAUGAACCGACAAGAAAUGUCCAAGAUGCAGUCUUUGAGAGUGUUUUUCAACGAGCGAUUAACCGCGGCUGCUGAAGAAAUAUUCGGGGUGGUAGAAAAAACGAUUGCCGAGUACCAAGAAGAAAUUUCCCGUUCGAAAGAGGAGAUCUGUCACCUACGGAUGCUGUUGAGGUGUCAAGGAACAGUUUCCCAGCAACACGAAACCUCUCUCCCUGUCCCUGUGCGGAGAGAGGAGGCUCCUAUCAAAGCUGUUCCCCACGAGGAACCACAGCAGCACUGUGAACUGGACUGGAACCCCAGCGUGAGCCCAAAGGAUGUGGAGGAACCCUCUCAUUCACAGGUCAAAGAAGAGGAGCGGAAGGAACGGGAGGAUCUGUGGAGUGGUCAAGAGGAAGAGCAAGACGAGCCGUUUGACAGGCUCCAGUCUGAUUCCAAAGAGUUCACUUUAUCUCCUACCUGUAUGCAAAGUCACUAUGACCAGGACUCGGCUUUACCGUUGCAUCUUUACCGAACAAAUACUGAAGGAAACAGAGAAAAGCAAUUUUCCUGCUCCGUUUGUGAGAAAAGCUUUAGCAAUGGCUCUCAUCUGAUGGCGCAUGUCAGGAUUCACACGGGAGAGAGACCGUACAGGUGCAAUGUAUGUAGGAAGCGAUUUGUCACAACUAGUGCAUUAAAUAGACACCAGACUAUUCACACUGAGGGUAAACGGUUCAUGUGCAACUAUUGUGGAAAAAGUUUCAAGUGGAUGGAGUCGCUUGGUCGGCACAUGAGAAGCACUCAUAAGAUGGAGAAUAGGCCUAUAUGACGAUGUGUGUGCUUAAACUACCUGUCCCCGGCUGGUGAUUAAUAAAGUGUAGUCUUAGGAUUCUGGGUGCCGUUCAAAAACGUUGUCCCUUUGUUAUUCACUGUGUGUAUGCUAAAAUUAUUAUAUACAUGCCAAAAGAAAUGUACAGAUUGGAUUCUGUUUAUCUCAAAAACGUCUGAAAUA